GAACCUGGUUGUGGCAAGGGAGGAACUUAUGUCCAAAGUCCAUCAAUUAAGUCAGGAUCUUCCAAGAGCUCGUGCAGAUAUCCAGCAGAUGCCAGCUCUUAUUUCAGAACUUGAGAACCUCAGACAGGAAUAUCAGCACUGCAGAGCAACGUAUGACUAUGAGAAAAAAUUUUACAAUGACCAUCUUGAGUCACUUCAGGCAAUGGAAAAGAACUAUAUAACAAUGGCAAGGGAAGUAGACAAGCUCCGGGCAGAGUUGAUGAAUGCUGCAAAUGCUGAUAGAAGAGCUGGCGGGCACUACAAUGAUAAUGAGGGUCCUGGGCAUCCAUCUGGACACAAUGCUUAUGAAGAUGGUUACAGUGUUCCCCAGGUAUGUCAUCCGCCAAGUGAUUUGUUUGGCUUGGUUUUGAUUUCAAUAUAUAUCCUAAUAACUUUUAUAUGGGUUAAGAAAAUGGAGCGAAAGCCUGUCUCAUUUUUUUUAUAUUAAUCUAUUUUUGCCUCUCAAGA